AUGGCUAACCCAGACACCAACAGACCACUCAAAGUCCAAGUCGGCAUCCGCGACCACUGGGUCAAAGAGGAUGGCCCGCUUCAGAAAGCCAUUAAGGACCUAGAGGCUCUCCUCGGACACGACGUCGUCGUAGAGCCGGAAUGGAACCUCCUCAUCGCCGAGCUGGACGACUUCUACGAAGACAAGGGCAACCUUGUCGCCGUCAUCGCCGACUGUGUCCAGGUCUGGAUCAAGAGCAUGAUGGAACUGCUGGAAGAUCCGGCGAACGAGUCAUGGACAGACACUGUUCUUGAAAAGGUCCCCGUGCGCUUGCGGGUGAUUGUCGAGGUUGCGCCCUCAGACAAGGCCUCGUCGUCGUGGUCGGAGCAGCGUAGUGCCUUCGUCGUCAGUCUCCCCAAGAAGCAGGUCUACCGCGCAGCGGCAUUGUUUCCCACUUUCCGCGGCGACCUUCUUGCUUGCUUCGACUCCAACAAGAAGCCUCAACUGCCAGACAAGACCGCGGGAGCCGCGGAUGACUGGGCUGGCGUAGAAGUCGACGGCGAGACCGGCAAGCCGUUGGUGGUUGACCACCCCAAGAGUGCGCGACCAGCGGCGCGGCCCAAGACCGAGUUUCUCCCCAGCGUGGCGUCCAUGCCCCGGCCUGAUCUGCUCCUGACUCAACCGCCCUACCACCUCACCAUGCACGAAGGAAACAGACACAUUGAGCUUCAAUGCAGCCACAGUCCAUCCCUGCAGUUCCUUUCCGAUUAUCUGAAGCGGUGGUGCCGCAUCAACCACCAUGAUACGUCCAAUCCGCCUGCAGUCCAGAUCAUACUUCACCAAUCGGCGUUUGGAAUGGGCGAGAUGUUUGAUCGGCUGGUCCUUAGCACCCAAGAGACCAGAUACACAAGUCAAUUCCAGGUCACAGCUCCCAUGUUGGUGGCCCUCAUUGAGGGCACCCUGGGAUAUGACCUCGUGUCGACUUAUAGCGGGUGGACUUUUCGAAGGGAUACCGAGUUCAAGACCCUGUGAUGCCAAUAUUUGCUUCUUCUGAGCUUCUGUUGGGACUUGGAUCUCUGAGUUCCCUGAGUUUUUGUCUGGAAAAGGGGGAGGUUUGCAAGUUUCUUCUUCUUAGGUGGGCAGUUUGGAUCCGCUGUCAUCAAUUCAGAUAGCCUGCCCGGCUAGCUCAAUCGGUAGAGCGUGAGACUCUUAUGGGUUCUCCGUAAUCUCAAGGUUGUGGGUUCGACCCCCACGUCGGGCUCAAUUCCCGUCGCGACUUGAUUUUUUUGCUCGUCAUUUAUUCCCCUCGGGUAUCGCUAAUAAAUACGCCCCCUUCUAUGUCAUAUCCUUUGCGCAAAGGAGCUGCGUAUCUAGGCUUCUCCGACCCAGCGAGUGUAGAUCUUCGCUUCCCAAGGAAAUAAGGGUUCGCGCCCAAACCACUCUGCCGGAACGUCUCUGCCUUGCGAUAU